CCCGGAAGUCGCGCUGCCCUCUCGGUCUCUUUCCGCCGCCAUCUUGGGCCCCGCUCCCCGCACAAAAUGCCCGGCGAAGCCACAGAAACCGUCCCGGCCACGGAGCAGGAGCUGCCGCAGCCUCAGGCAGAGACAGCUGUUCUUCAUGCUGCUCAUUCCCCACCUCUGACUCCAUCUCCAUCCGCCCAGGCUGUCCCGGCGCAGCCGCCCAGCGCUGCCACGGCUCUGCCGGGCCCCGUGUCCCCCCCCGUGGUGCCGGCUGCGGCCAUCCCCGUGUUCUCCGUGCCCCCUCAGCCCCCUGCGCCGGCUCUGCCGGGCCCGGCCACUGCUGCCCCUCCUCCAGCUCUGCAGUCCCCGGUGGGUUUUGCGGCCCCAGGAUCUCCAGGGCCUGCCCCAGUUAGCCCAGCGUCUCCAGGAUUCCCAGCUCCAGUGGCUCCUCUUGCCCUCCCAGUGAGCCCUAGUUCUCUCCCAGCUGCUCUCACCUCUCCUAUGAAAACCACUCCUGCUGCUGCCUCUGUGGGAGCUGCACCUCUGACCCCUCUCCCUGCCUCUGGAGCAGCCCCAGCCCCUGGAGCAGCCCCAGCCCCUAUCCUGCCUCCCCCAUCCCGUCCCCUUCUGGCAUCUCCCCCACCUGUGUCUCCCACUUUGCUGCCUGCUCCCACCAUGUGUCCCCAGAGCCCAGGAUCACCCCCACUUCCCACAGUCCCGGUGUCUCCUGGAAUUCCUGCUGCCACCCCGCUGGCUUCUGUUCCUGCCUCUCCCCGAGCCCCAGCUCCAACUCCAGCCCUGGUCAGCGCCAUCUCUCCCCCCGUCUUCCUGGCUGCCCCCAAAGCUCCCUUGUCACCCCCUAUCCCUCUGCUGCCAGCUGGGGCAUCCCCUGGGCAUCCUGCUGCUGCCCCAGUCUCACCACUGCUCCCAGUUGCUCCUUCUGGUGCCAAGGCCUGUCCUGGGAGCCCAGCCCCUCGGGCAGCGCCUGUGGCUGCAGCAGCCCCGGUGGGAGCUGCCAUCUCUGUCCCAGGGCCUCCAGCCACCCCUCCUGUGCCUAAAACACCUCCUGCUGUCCCUGUCACACCGCCUGUGGCAGCUCCAGCCACCCCUCCUGUGCCUAAAACACCUCCUGCUGCCCCUGUCACACCGCCUGUGGCAGCUCCAGCCACCCCUCCUGUACCUAAAACACCUCCUGCUGCCCCUGUAACACCGCCCGUGGCAGCUCCAGCCACCCCUCCUGUGCCUAAAACACCUCCUGCUGCUCCUGUGACACCACCCAUGGCAGCUCCAGCCACCUCUCCUGUGCCUAAAACACCUCCUGCUGCCCCUGUAACACCACCCGUGGCAGCUCCAGCCACCCCUCCUGUGCCUAAAACACCUCCUGCUGCUCCUGUCACACCGCCUGUGGCAGCUCCAGCCACCCCUCCUGUGCCUAAAACACCUCCUGCUGCUCCUGUAACACCACCCGUGGCAGCUCCAGCCACCCCUCCUGUGCCUAAAACACCUCCUGCUGCCCCUGUCCCACCGCCUGUGGCAGCUCCAGCCACCCCUCCUGUGCCUAAAACACCUCCUGCUGCCCCUGUAACACCACCCGUGGCAGCUCCAGCCACCCCUCCUGUGCCUAAAACACCUCCUGCUGCCCCUGUAACACCACCCGUGGCAGCUCCAGCCACCCCUCCUGUGCCUAAAACACCUCCUGCUGCUCCUGUCACACCACCCGUGGCAGCUCCAGCCACCCCUCCUGUACCUAAAACACCUCCUGCUGCCCCUGUAACACCACCCGUGGCAGCUCCAGCCACCCCUCCUGCGGCCAAAGCAGCUCCUGGGAGCCCGGUCGCUGCCCCCUCUGUCCCUGUCCCACCGCCCAUGUCACCUCCACCCUCUCCAGCUGCUCCUCCCUCAGCCAAAGCUGCACCCAAGGGCUCUGUUGCUGCCUCAGCUGCUGCUCCAGCUCCCCCCAUCCCACCUCCAGCCACCCCACCUGCAGCCAAAACUGCUCCCAAGAGCCCUGUUGCUGCUCCCCCAUCCCCUGCCACCCCAGCUCCUGCAGCUCCACCAGCUCCAGAUGCUCCCCAAGCAAAACAGCCCAACAAAAUGGCAGCCAAAGCACCCCCAAAGAGCCCUGCCAAAGCUACCCCUGCUGAGGACAAAGCAUCCCCAAAGAGCCCUGCCAAAGCCACCCCAGCUCCAGCCACCCCUGCUGAGGACAAAGCACCCCCAAAGAGCCCUGCCAAAGCCACCCCAGCUCCAGCCACCCCUACUGAGGACAAGGCACCCCCAAAAAGCCCUGCCAAAGCCACCCCUACUGAGGAGAAGGCACCCCCAAAAAGCCCUGCCAAAGCCACCCCAGCUCCGGCUUCCCCUGGAGGAGCCAAAAAGUCUCCCAAGGGCAGCCCUGUCACUGCCCCAUCUGCUCCUGUGGCUCCAGCUGCCCCUGCUGAGGCCAAAGCCACCUCAGCGCCACCUGUCCCUCCAGCAGCCAAGACACCCCCAAAGAGCCCUGCCAAAGCCACCCCCGCCCCAGCCACUCCUGCUGAGGCCAAAACACCCCCAAAGAGCCCUGCCAAAGCCACCCCAGCUCCAGCAGCCUCUGCUGAGGCCAAAACACCUCUGGCUCCUGCCCAAGUGCCUCCCAAGAGCCCUGUUGCAGCCACCCCAGCUCCUAGUGUCCCCCCAGCAGCCAAAACACCCCCAAAGAGCCCUGCCAAAGCCACCCCAGGUCCAGCGGCCCCUGCUGCAGCCAAAGGUCCCUCCAAAAGCCCUGCUGAGGCCAAGGCAGCCCCAAAAAGCCCUGUCAAAGCCACCUCAGCACCAUCCACCCCUGCUGAGGCCAAGGCAGCCCCAAAAAGCCCUGUCAAAGCCACCCCAGCUCCCUCCACCGCUGCUGAGGCCAAGGCAGCCCCAAAAAGCCCUGUCAAAGCCACUCCUCCUGCUGCUGCAGCCAAAGGACCCUCCAAAAGCCCUGCUGAGGCCAAGGCGCCUCCAAAGAGCCCUGUUAAGGCCACUCCAACUCCUGCAGCUCCAACCCCAGCUCCUGCUCCGGCCGCGGGUGCCCCUCCAAAGCCCCCAGCCCCUGCGAAAGCAGACAGCGGCCGUCCCAGCUGUGCCCCCGGCGCUCCCCCUGCCAAGAAGCAGCAGCCCCUCGCCAAUAACAAGGCGGCCAAGCCGGCCGCUUGCCCUCCCCAGCCCAAACCUCCCUCGAAGGCCGCGCUCGGCGCUGACGACGAGGACCUGCCGCCUCUGCUCCCCCCCGAGCCGCCCGUGCUGCUGGAGCUCUCUCCUCCCGCGGGGCUCCCGGCCCCCGUGGCGCCUCAGCCCGUCCUCAAGAAUGACAAGGGGUCUGGCACAGAGUCUGACAGCGAUGAAUCCGUACCAGAGCUCGAAGAGCAGGACUCCACACAGGCCACGACACAGCAGGCACAGCUCGCGGCAGCAGCCGAAAUAGACGAAGAACCCGUCAGCAAAGCAAAACAGAGCCGGAGCGAGAAGAAAGCUCGGAAGGCAAUGUCCAAGCUGGGCCUUCGCCAGGUGACAGGAGUCACCAGAGUCACCAUCCGGAAAUCCAAGAACAUCCUCUUUGUCAUCACAAAGCCAGACGUGUACAAGAGCCCGGCGUCAGACACCUACAUCGUCUUCGGCGAGGCCAAGAUCGAAGACCUGUCCCAGCAGGCUCAGCUGGCGGCCGCCGAAAAGUUCAAAGUGCAAGGAGAACCUGUUUCCAACAUCCAGGAAAACACACAGACCCCCACCGUGCAGGAGGAGAGCGAGGAAGAGGAGGUUGACGAAACCGGCGUGGAGGUGAAAGACAUCGAGCUGGUGAUGUCGCAGGCGAACGUGUCGCGGGCAAAGGCCGUGAGAGCCCUCAAGAACAACAGUAACGACAUUGUAAACGCGAUAAUGGAGCUGACGAUGUAGCCGCCGGAGGGAGGAGCCUUUUUUGGUGUUUCAGAGAAGAGUAAAAUACAACCAAAUUUAAAAUUUGUACUAUUUCUAUCGGUUAAUAAAAGUUGUGGCUUAUUGUUGGUGAAA